GAUUUAAGUACUCGUUAUUAUUGAGUGUGGUAGCGAGGACUCUCAAUUCUGUUAAAAGUAUUUUUCCAGUUUUAAAUAUGUCCGUUUCGUCGUUAUCUUCUCUUUCGGACAACGAAACGCCUUUAAGAAGUCGAAGAAAUGAUAUCAAGUUUAACGCUUUCGAAAAAUAUGACGAUAAAGAAUUUCGUGCGCGGUUCCGCGUUUCCAAAGAAACGGUGUUGUAUUUGGAUUCUGUAUUCGGCAGCACGAUAAAACCAUUGACGAAAAGAAAUAGAUCUUUGCAGCCCGUGGAUCAAAUAUUGAUAACCCUUCGGUAUUACGCUACAGGCAGUUAUCAACGAGUUAUAGGGGACAUAUUCCACAUCGAGCAACCGUCUGUGCAUCGAAUCGUGCACAGAGUUACAGUAAAAAUAGCGAAUAUGAGAUCUCUUUUUAUAAAUAUGCCAACUGCUGAGGAACGUCUAGAAGUAGCAAAUGACUUUUAUGCAAUUGCUGGAUUUCCUAGAGUGAUGGGUGCUAUUGACUGUACGCACAUUAAAAUUAAUUCUCCAGGGGGAGCUCAAUCGGAAAGUUUCCGAAAUAGAAAAGGUUACUUUUCCUUGAAUGUGCAAAUGGUAUGUGAUGCGAAAUUGCGCAUAAGAAAUAUCAUUGCAAGAUGGCCAGGUUCUGUACAUGAUAGUACAAUUUUUAAUGACUCACCAUUGUGUGCCCAAUUAGAAAGAGGAGAUUUUACCCCUAUGGUACUUCUGGGCGAUAGUGGUUAUCCAUGUCGCCCCUAUUUGUUAACCCCAAUUUUAAAUCCAAGGACACCAGCUGAAGAAGCAUAUAACCGUUCACAAAUUAGAACCAGAAAUCCAAUAGAAAGGCUCUUUGGUGUUCUUAAAAGAAGAUUUCCCUGUCUCCACUAUGGGUUAGGUCUGAAGACUACCAAUAUUCCACCUAUUAUUGUGGCAUGUGCAGUACUCCACAAUAUUGCUAUUUCAAGGCAGGAUGAAGUAGUUGAAGAGGAUGAUCCUUUAACUAUUGUUGAGGAAGAAAUUAUGGUGCAACCCAGCAAUGAAACAAAUCAAAACUUUAUUGUGAGGACAUCGUUAGUAAAUACAUAUUUUUCUGGUUAAUUUUUUUUAAUUUUAAAAUCAAUUCUUUACAACAUAACGAAUACUAAAAACAAUAAUCAGUGAAAAGUUUGCUAUAUCACAGUGUAGAUUCAUGAAAAUACAGUAACUUAAUAUAAUUCUUCUGUGUGUUUAUCACUGAACUCCUAAAAGGCUGGACCAAUUUGGAUGAUUUUUUUUUGUUUGAGUCCCUGGAUGGUUUAAAUUCUCAAUUAGAUCCGUUGUUGAGGUCCAGAAAUCACCCAUAAUGUAAAAUGUGACAAUGUGGUUGUCGAUUUUCAAAUAAAACUGAUAGAAUAAAAUAGAAUAAUUUUUUAUUCAAUAUUGAUUAUUACAUAAUACUUCUGAAAGUUUUAUUUACCACUGGUUUGGAAAAUAUCUCUGUCCUGGGAAGAAACAGCAAGAAACACAGUGGGACUUUUUUUCCAAACAUAUUUCACGUAACAAUAAUUUCAUUUAUACAAUUUUAAAUGAUUUUUCAUAGAACCAGCAUGGUGGCGAUCACCUUAUUCCAGGGGUUAUUUUCAUUCAUGUAUUCCUUGAUAUUAUAAUAACCCUUUUUGUACAGUUUUUCUUUAAUAAAGCUUUUAAACUUGUUUAUUGACAAACUUUGAAUAUGUUAGUAUGUUCUGGGAUUUUGUUGUAAAAACGUAUACAUUGCCCCAUAAAUGAAUUACUGUUUCUCUGGAGACUGGUAAUUGGAUAUUGUUUUACUCUAAUAUAUAAUUGACAGAGUUUCUGCUUAAGGCAAAAAAGUAUGUUACAACUUUUAGACCCGCAUUAUGUGGUUUACAAUUAUUCAUAAACAGAAAUAGUUUAAAAUCACCUACAUUAUUUAUUACAUCCUGAAUCUUAUUUAUAAUGUAAUUACAAACUUAAAUAGUAUAUAUACUAUAAAUCAAAUAAUUAUGCAUUUAUUUAAUCAAGUUAUGUUUAAUAAUAAGAGGUUUAAGUAAGUUUAUAAUUAUGGCUGAGGGCGGGAAACAUUUACUAACAAAAGAUAAAUUAUACAAUGUCAAAGUCUUAAAUCUAAAUAUGUUACAGUAAUAAAAUAAAAUAUUCAUGAUAUAUAAUUCUUAUUGUCUAGAAGCUUGUAACCUAUUUAAUUUCAAAAUUUGUAUUUCUAAUUUAUAUUUGUUUAGCUCCAUUUUGUUUUUGUUUAUUAAAUAUUUAUUUUC